AUGUUACAGUCCCUACAGUUUGCCAUAAAUCCACCUAAAACAGAAUACUUGAAUUUUAUCAGUAAAACGGUACAUAAUAUAAAAGAUGUGAUAAAUAAGAGAAAACAUAAAAAAUUACAUUCGAUAAAAAUUUCAAAUGCGCUUGAAAAUAAUAUUCCUGAAGAAUAUUUAAAAUAUAAUAUUCCACAAGAACCAAUAUAUCCUUUUAUAACGGUACCUAACAAUCUAUAUACAAGACAAUGGGACGGGUCUAAAAAUAAGGAAGGGGACGGGGAAAAUGGUGAGACCGACGAAAAUAGCGAAAGUGGGAUUGGGAAGAAGGAAAUUGAAAAUGCAAGCAAAGAAAAAGGGAGUACUAAUCCAAAAGUAGAAGACUAUAUAAAUGAUAUUAAUUAUGAAAAAUAUGUACACCCAAGUUUAAUUAAAAGUAUAGAUAAAAAUAAUCAAUCUAGUAUACCAUAUAGUUUACAAAAACAUGUAGAUAAAGAUCAAAAAGUUUAUCAAAUAGAUGGUUUUCUUGAAAGUGAUAUGGAAGAUGACCUUACAGAAUAUGAUGCUGAUUUUAAUGGCAUUGGGCCAUGGCCAUCUUUUAAUGAAUUAAAAAAAAAUAAUAAUAAUCAUGAGUUUAAAAAAACAGAUAUGGAAAUAGAAUAUAAUAUUUCAUAUGAUAAAAAAGAAUAUUAUGAAUAUAAACAAAAAAUGCUUACUGAAAAUAAAACUAACAAUAAUGACAAUGAAACAAAAAAUGACGAAGAAUCUAAAUCAGAAACAUUACCAACAACAGUUGAUGAAAUACGAAAGCUAUAUUAUAAAAAGGAUGUAAAAACAAUUAGAGAAGCAAAAUAUGAAUUUCAAAAAUGGAAUGAACGAAGUAAAUAUUCAAGAAAAAACUGGAGAUUAACAAAAGAGGAAUUUGAUCUGCUACCUUAUGAAACACAACAAUUAUAUUUAAAAAUGAGAAAAGGAUAUAAAAAAAAAAGUGAUGAAGCAGUUGAAAAAUAUAAAGAAUACUCAGCAGGAGGUCAUAAAUUAUUCACCAUGGAUCAGCUUGAUGAAAAAAGUAAAGACAAUUUGUAUGCAGAAGAUGAAGACAAAGAAAAUGACAAAAUAGGCAUAUCGGAUGAUAUAGAAAAUGAAAUAAAUAAUAAUUCAAAUGACGAUUUUAGGCUUCUUGAAAAUAAUAUAUUAUAUAAUAAAGCCAAAUCACCAAUUGAUAAUAUGUUAUAUGAAUGGGAUGAUUCAUUAAAUUGUUAUUGGAGAGAAAGAACAAGAGAAGUUGUUCGAGAUGUAAUAAUGUAUGAUUAUCCAUAUAAAGAAUUAAGAAGACCAUCUAAUUUAGAUUUAUAUGAUAUUUCAUGGUCUGCUGGAAAAAUGGAUAUAUAUAUAACUGUUGAAGAAGGAAAAAAUUAUAAAAUAACUUUAUUUGAUUUAAAACAGCUAAUAAAAAAAAUAGCAAAAAGAUUAAAAGAUUUAGAAAUUGAAGAAGAUAUUUAUGUUUUACCAUUUUAUGAACUUGUUGUUUCAUCACUACCUAGUAAAAAUAUUUUAGUUUGUAGACGAGAUUGGAAUCAAAAUAUAGGAAAAGAAGUUAUUUGUUUUUUUAAACAUAAAAAUCAAGAACCAAUAACAGGAAUAUUAUUAGGAUCACCUAGUGCAUUCCAUGUUAUCAUAAAUAUAAAUAAUGAAUAUAUCGAAAAUGUAUUAAUAGAUUCAUUAGAUAAAAUAGUUCUUAAAGAUGAGCUUAAAAAGGAAGAAAAAAAUGAUAGUCAAAUUAUGUUACAAGCAAAAAUAGAUAAAGAAAUGGACACAGAGGAUGAGCAAACAAAACAAAACAAACUUGAAAAGGAGGAAAAUCCAAACCUUUCUAAUAAUGAAUCUAUUUUUUCAGAUGCUGAUGAAUUAAAUGAUUCAGACAUUUCUGAAAUAGAAAAAUUCAAAAAAAAUAAUCAAUCAAAUAAUAAUGAUCAUCAAAAAGAUAUAAAAACAAUUCAAAAUAUUGAUAAUAUAGAAAAUGAUGGAAGUUCAAAUAUUAUAAAUGAAUAUGAUGAAGAUCAAGAUGACGAAUAUGAAGCCGAUGAAGAAUAUUCCAACAUCGCCGAUAACGACAUUGAUUCGUAUGACGACGAUUAUGAUGACAGUUAUGGGAAUGAGGAAUAG